AUGACAUCCUCUAAGACUGUCAUACAGUUGGUCGAGGAUUUUAUUGACUUCAGGCUUCAGCCGACCAUUACUGUUCUUACAGCACAGGUUCUUACAGCACAGGUGAAGAGUGUUGAGGACUAUGGCUACAUUCUUCAUUUUGGAGUCCCAUCGUUCACUGGGUUUCUCCCUAGGAAUGGUCAAGUAUACAUAGCAAUGAUGGGAUAUGGUCCUGAAGACAGAAGUGCAGUGUUGGAAUUGACCUACAACUAUGGAGUGAAGGAAUAUGACAAAGACAAUGCAUAUGCACAGAUUUCUAGAUUGAACUGA